UUUUUAUAGUCAACUGACUUUUUAUUGUUCCACUUUCUCCCUUCCAUGGCUGUUCACAAACAAAUGAACCACAGAUCCAAAUGGACCUAUGUAUUAUGGGGGUUUCUACCACUUAUUCUACCAGUACAAUCCAAAAGGUGCUGUAUGGGGCAACAUUGUUUGGGCCCAUUCAGUCUCUAAGGAUCUAAUUAACUGGCAGGCCAUUGAACCCGCCAUUGAACCGUCCAAGCCCUUUGACAUUAAUGGGUGCUGGUCAGGCUCCGCCACUCUUCUUCCGGGGAACAAGCCCAUUAUCCUCUAUACCGGUCUUGAUGCGGAAAACCGCCAGAUCCAAAACUACGCCGUGCCCGCAAACCUGUCGGACCCAUAUCUACGUGAAUGGGUUAAGCCUGACAACAACCCGCUAGUGGUUCCGGAUAAAACCAUGAACUCUUCGCAGUUCCGGGACCCGACAACUGCUUGGUGGAGCAAUGGGCAUUGGAAGAUGGUGGUGGGUGGCAUUAGAAAAAAGAGAGGGAUGGCCCAUUUGUAUAGGAGUAAAGACUUUGUUUAUUGGGUCAAGGCCCAACACCCGCUUCACUCGGCCCCAAAAACGGGUAUGUGGGAAUGCCCAGAUUUUUACCCGGUUUCAUUGAAGGGCAAAGUAGGGUUGGACACAUCAAAAAAUGGUGGGGAUGUAAAGCAUGUUUUGAAGGUGAGUCUUGAUCUGACUAGGUAUGACUACUACACUGUUGGACGAUACUUUCCUAAACAAGACAGGUAUGUUCCUGAUAAAGAAUUGGUGGAUGGUUGGGAAGGAUUGAGAUAUGAUUAUGGCAAUUUCUAUGCUUCCAAAACUUUCUUUGAUCCUGCAAAGAAUAGGAGAAUAUUGUGGGGCUGGGCUAAUGAGUCUGAUGCACGUGAGGAUGAUAUUGAGAAGGGAUGGGCUGGACUUCAGACAAUCCCAAGGACAGUGUGGCUGAGUCCCGAUGGGAAACAAUUGUUACAAUGGCCGGUUGAAGAAUUGGAUGCUCUAAGGGGACAAAAGGUUCAGAUGAAGAAUCAACAUCUUAAAAUGGGAGAUCAUGUUGAAGUUAAAGGAAUAGCGGCUGCUCAGGCCGAUGUUGAAGUUGUAUUCUCUUUCAAUAGCUUGGACAAAGCGGAGAAGUUUGAUCCUAAAUGGUCGAACCUUAAUGCUCAAGCAAUAUGUGGGCGAAUGGGUUCAAAGGUUGGAGAUGGCAUUGGCCCAUUUGGGUUAUUGACUUUAGCUUCAGAAAACCUAGAGGAAUUCACUCCCGUCUUCUUUAGGGUUUUCCAAACUGAAGACAACAAGCAUAAGGUUCUCCUGUGCUCUGAUGCAAGAAGUUCCUCUUUACAGGAUAAUCUGUACAAGCCAUCGUUUGCUGGUUUCGUAGAUGUAGACUUAUCGGAGAAGAAGCUCUCUCUCAGGAGUUUGAUCGAUCAUUCUGUUGUUGAGAGUUUUGGAGCUGGAGGAAAAACAUGCAUCACAUCUAGGGUUUACCCCACUCUAGCUGUUGACGAUAAAGCUCACUUGUAUGUGUUCAACAAUGGGACUGAGGCUGUCACUAUUGAGAGUCUCGAUGCUUGGACUAUGAAUGCUCCUAAGUUGAUGAACCAAUAGACCAAUUCGAUCAGGUCUAACAACUAGUUAAGGCUGUUGGAAAUCUGUAACCAAAUUCUCAGUAAUUAGCUAGUCUGAGCUUAAUUUUUAGGUGUCCGUGUAAUAAGGAUCUAUGAGUCUAAUGACAUUGAUCUUAGGGUUCAGUUUCGAUCAGUUGAUAGUUGUGGCCAUUAUAGUAGUUUUGAAAACAAUGAAAUAAU